AUGGAGACUGCUCUUCUACCUCUCCUCCUUACCUUCUUCUCCUGCAUGGCCUCAUCAGCAAGAAUGUUGAGCGCCGCCUACGUCUACAACCCAUCGCCACCGCGCCCGUCGUGGGAGCAAAUAGAGAUAAACAACCUGAACAAUUCAGUGGCUAUCGUAUCGUGUGGUCCGGAUGCUCAAGGGGAGGGGCAUGUAGUGGCUACACUAAAUCCUCAGCAGACUAUGAACUGGACAACAUAUGUCACAUACCCAUUUAAACCAAAUACCUUGGCUUGUUUCGUAUCAUUCUACGGCGAUCCGAGCAAAUUCGUUAGCGAGUGGACAAAUGAAAAGGGGUUUUUCUGUGCCUUUCCUCGACGUAUAUGUGGGUAUGAUUGUAAGUUCAGAAUAAUGGAUGAUGAGAGAUAUGAAGUUUAUGAUCAACGUCAAAAGAGAUGGACCACUGGUUUGCAUUCGGGAAACAAGACAGAAGCCAUUAAAGCUUGUAAAAGUCAAAGUCAUGACUCUAUUUCCUAA